CUACAUUCACUUCCUCUUCGUGUAUUCUGCCCAUUUGACUCCACCGCAGAGCACUGAGCCUGGAGAUCAUGCAACGUUCAUUGUUUGUGUCGUGAGGGUCAGUUAAUCGUUUCCUUAAUUAGUUGUGUUUAAUGCAACUCGUUUCAUAUCACUUUAUCUGCGCAAUGUCUUUUUAUUUCUUCAGCUCUACCUGCAGCCUGUAUUUCCUGUGCAUGUCAUGCAUGUGGCAUCAAACGCUUUCACUUUUUUAAUGUGCAAAAAAGUGAUUUUUAAAGAAUGUGUAAUCAUGCAAAGAUAAUAUCUGAUUCACAAGAGCUUUGUAAGACACUCAUGGUUCCUGUAUCCAGUUGUCUUGCAGUUAUCAACAAAAUAUUUGCAGAAGUAGCCAACAGAGGAAGUGCAGUCACUUCUGUUUAAACUGAAUCUUUUUUCCGUCUUAGUGUGAUGCGGCUGUCAGUUAAACGUGCAGUUGUACUGCUGCUAACGCUCUUCGGAGCUUGUACGCUUACUACUCUAUAUCAAGUGCUAGCAUGCCCUGGGAAGGUUCCCAGAUCUCAUAUGCGGUCUAUACUGGUUCGAAACUGGAACCAGACACAGUACCGGUAUAACCAGAACACGCCAAUGGUGUUUGUGGGUGGCGUUCCACGAUCAGGGACCACCUUGAUGCGUGCCAUGCUAGACGCCCACCCUGACAUCCGCUGCGGGGAAGAGACUCGGGUGAUCCCCAGGAUACUGUCUCUGCGGCAGGGCUGGGGGAGGCAGACGGAGGAGCGCCGGGCGCUGGAGGACGAGGGAGUCAGUCAAGAGAUGCUGGACGCCGCGACCACAGCGUUCCUGCUGGAGAUCAUCGCACGGCACGGGGAACCUGCACCACUGCUGUGCAAUAAAGACCCCUUUACACUGAAGAGUGCUGUUUAUCUGUCAAACAUUUUCCCCAACUCUAAAUUCCUGCUAAUGCUCAGAGACGGCCGGGCGUCUGUGCACUCUAUGAUCUCCAGACGAGUGACUAUCGCUGGCUUCAACCUGUCCAGCUACAGAGACUGUCUGACUAAGUGGAGCAAUGCAAUCGAAGUCAUGCUCUACCAGUGUAAGGUGGUCGGCCGGAGUCGCUGUAUCACCGUCCGUUAUGAGGAUCUGGUGCUGCAGCCGCGAGGCACCAUGCAGCGUGUGCUGCACUUUCUGAACACUCCGUGGCAUGAAGGAGUGCUUCAUCAUGAGGAGGCCAUCGGGCAGCCAGGAGGGGUAUCACUGUCUCGAACUGAACGCUCCACGGAUCAAGUGAUCAAACCAGUUAACCUGGAAGCCCUCGCACGCUGGGUAGGCCACAUCCCAGCAGAUGUCCAGCAGGACAUGGAGAGCAUCGCGCCAAUGCUGCGCAGGCUGGGCUACAACCCCAACGCCAAUCCACCAGAUUAUGGUCAACCAGAUCCAGAAGUGAUCAACAAUACUAAAAGGAUACUGAGAGGAGAUUUUAAAACUCCCACAAACUUGAAAAGAUGGGCACAAGUAUCUCCAAAGUCAGUUCCUAAAGGAGGCAGAAACUGAAGAGAGUCCUACAUUGAGUGCAGUAUGUGCCUUGGAUAAUUCACCACCAUCUUGUGCCAUACACCAUGAAGGCCUUUCACAAGAUACAGAGCAACCUAUGAAGGAAAUAAGCUGUGGUUACAUGGGGUCUGAUUUUGACAUCGCCAGAAUCUAUUUUAAUAAUUAAGCAACUAAAUCUUAUUAUGUACCAAAAUGUUGUGAUGCAAUAUAUUGAUGUCAAAGAAACAAGCCUCAUGAUGGACAUAAACACUGGACAGAGAUCGACAUUUUUACUUCCUGGUGCUCUCAGAAGAGUAUUGUUUACUUUGUUUUUCGAACAAAAUUUACCAUAAAUCAAUUACACUGGAUUUCCUGAACAUUGCCGUUUUUUAUGUCUUGUUUUGGUAAAUGAGAAGAGUGUGACGUAGCGCUUGGUGUCGCACUGAACGCUGUUGCUAUGUGCCUGCGUGCAUUUUCUUGACCUAGAUAUUAAAUUGAGUCAUUCUUCUUUUCCUAGUGCCAAAACGCCGUUUUCCCUCGGGGUUUUAUUUUUUCAAAAGUGAAUUCAUUCAAUAAAAAUAUUAAUACAAAUUCGACCAAUGUGUUAUUUUCAA